AUGGAGCGGAGAGUCUACAUGGUGCAGGGGGAGGUGGGGCUGGUGGUUGGAGCCAUCAAGAGGAACUCCCGCUGGAACACACACACUCCUCUGGAUGAAGAGCAAGACCCACUCCUCAACAGCUUCUCUCAACUCAAAGAUGUUCUCAACAACAUUAAAGUUUGUGGAAGUGUGGGACCAGAGCGACCUGGGGGGAACCAGGUGUGCACAUACCAACGACCUGCACUGCAUCAGCGCAUUAGAUCCCUGAAGAUGGAGCUGACGCGCUAA